CAAUGUAUUAUCAUCAAUGCUUAUGAACCCUCGGUGUUGCCUAAAAGUUUUGAUCCUUAAGAAGUGUCAGCUUGGACUUACUGGAGUUCUUCAUAUGAUUCAGGCUUUAGCAGGAAACGGCUCUCUUCAAGAGCUCAGCCUUGCUGAUAAUGCCUAUCUGGAUAAACAUUAUAGUCUAGAAUAUAACUUAACAGGAAAGGGAAGCUCAGAGUUCUUAAAGCAAGAACUCAACAUAUCUGAAAAUUCUUUGAAGGGAUGCGCAACAGAACAAGUUGACAAUGCUCAGCAGGGUUUAUGUACUGUGAACACUGACUACAAUCAGCUUGAAGUUGCUGAUAGUGAAGAUGAUCCAAUUAGAGUAGACGCUGCUGCAUCUGGAAUUGAUGACAGUUGUGCAAGUUCAUGUCAAAAGAAUGAGUGUCAGUUUAUUCAAGAGCUUUCAACUGCUGUUCAUAUGGCAGAGAAGUUGUCCUUUCUGGAUCUUAGCAAUAAUGGUUUCUCGACGCAAAUUGCCGAAACGUUGUACACCGCAUGGUCGAGUUUAAGAGGUGGUUCAGCUGAGAGGCAUAUUGAGGACAAGACAAUCCAUUUAUUCUUGAAGGGAAAUAAGUGCUGUAUUGUGAAAUCCUGCUGCAAGAAUUAGGUUAUCUUUGCUGCAGGAGUUUAUUCUUUGAGGGAAUCCACAGAGGCAGUUCUUCCGGAAAUAACUGAGAAUUAUAUACUUUAUACUGAAUAAGAUAGGGUGCUUUGCUGAUAAAUGUCACAUGGGUUCAUUUCUAGAUAGUAACUACCCAUUUUUGAGCCAUAAAUAUAACUUAAACAUUUGGCUAUUGUUUCUAUUUGAUAGCCCAACAUUAGAAUUGACAAAAAUGUACAGGUUCUUGGAAUUUAAAUCAAAUGCAAAAGAAUUUG